AUGGAUACAAAUGGAUGGGAUGCUAAACCUGCGAUUCGUGCAUCUUGUCGCAGCCCUUUGAGAGACAUUUCUAGUGGCUAUAAUUUGUUCCUUCAAGGCUGUGUUUUCGUGGUAGGUGUGGAGUUAGGGUCAGAUUUUGGGAGGAUGACUGGAGCAGGCGUGGUGAAGCAUGACCACAACAUUGUCUCUUUUUUGGGCUCAAAUGGGUUCCCUCUCAGCUGGGAUUUUCGUUUCAAGAGGAAUCUCAAUGAAUUGGAGAUUGCAGAGGUGGCUAGAUUGUUGGACUUAUUGGAGGGUGAUGAGGGGGAGGUUUUCUCUCCAUACGCUCAAAUUUCGAAGGCCAAGACUCCUCCAAAAGUUAAGAUCUUUGUGUGGCAAGCGGGCAGGGGAGAGCAUGGACCAUCUCCUCCUUCAUUGCCCUUUCUCUAUAAAGUUAUGGGAGAUGUUACUGAAGGAAGUUAA